AUGGGUGAAGAAAUAAAGAAUGAUACUGAGGAUGUAACAAAAGAAGAAUAUCUGUCUCAGUUGAAAGAUCUUGGAAUAAGUGAAUAUUUUUUCAUAUUCCAAGGUGCAAGUCAAGAUUUUGCCACAAAAAAGCCAAAAGAACAUACAUCUUUAUUGGAAGCGAUUAGUGGGUCUGUGUCAUUCAAGGAGGAAUAUGACAACUUGAAUAAUCAGUUACAAGACACUUUGGAAACAUUAAGCUCCUUGCGAGCCCAGAAGAAAAUUGUUGAUUCAGAACUUAAAAAUUUGAAGAGCAAAUUAGAUGAUGCUGCAGAGCUUGAAGAGAUCCAGCUUGCAUUGAAGGAGAAAAAACUGAAAUUAAUGUUACUUAAGUUGUAUUAUAACUGCAAGAAUAAAAACAUACUUAUAAGCCAACAAGAUCUUAAAGUUCAGCAGCUUAGCAGAUUGGAACAAGAAGAUACAAAUGACGUUGAAGAAUUAAGAAAAUUGAAGUAUGAACAUCAGAUCCUGUCAGAAAAUUUGAUAGAGCUGCGGAACGAGGAACAAUUGAAGGAAAAUGAAUAUAAAGAUUUACAUUCUAAGAUUGACAAAGUAAGAAUGAAUUUGGAAGUGUUGAAAGAUAAAAUCAGUGACAACAGAAAACAACUGAAAAGAGCAAGAAAUGUAGAUGAGAAAUGUCAGUAUCAAGUUAGUGCUUUACAAGAUGCUAUUAAUGAAUUAAUGAGAGAGUUACAAGAACUAGAAGAGCGGACACCAUCUGAAGCUGAUCUUCAUCACCUGACAGAUGAAAAGGUACAAGAAUAUUGCAGGCUUAAGUCUUUAGUGGAAGUGCAAGCUGCAGAAUACUUUUCAAAGUUGAGAAGCUUGGAGGAUGAACAAGCGAGAGAUCAAAAGAUAACUGAUGAUGAAGUCAGCAGUUCUUACCGUGAAAAAAAGAAACUUCAAGAAUGUGUGUUACGAAGCAAACAGUUAGAGGAUAGACAUCAACAAUUCAGUGAACAUUUAUGGUCAGUUGAAGAAAGAAUUGGAUUUAUGAAAAAUAAACUCAGAGAAACUGUUUCUGAGGAGACUCAAGAGCUUAAAAAAAGGGAAUUGCUGAAAAAACUGGCUGUAAUUGAUGCCGCACUGUUAGAUGUUAAUUUCAGAAAACAGGACGAGAAUAAGAGAGAUUUGAUAAGAAAACUGCAGUCACUUUUUCCUGGUGUGUCUAAGUGGAUUAUCUUUCUGAAUAUUCAGAGCCUUUUGUUUCAGCAUUACCUGCCAGAGUAUGGGAGAGUUGUUGACCUGUGUUCGCCCAUUAAUGAUGAAUAUAAAAUUGCAGUGACAAGAGUCAUAGGUAACAAAAUGGAUGCAAUUGUUGUUGCUACAGCAAGAACUGCUAUUCAGUGUGUGGGUUACCUCAGAGAACAGCGUUUACGCGAGACAUUUCUCCCACUCGAUAAUCUUGAUCCGAAGGACUACCAUCAUUUGCUUCACAACAAACCUUUUAUCAGGCAGGGUGAACUCCUGUUGUACAUAAGUUCCAUUCUCAAGGUUCAAUUGCUACUUCGCUAUUCACAAGGGUCUUCACCACUUCUUACUGCAAGUCAUGUUAUUUUUCACUACAAGUAG